UCCGUGUUUAGAGAAGGAGGAGGGGGAAGUAGCCACCAGCAGCUGCAGGACGGAAGGAGCGUGCGGCGCAACCGGUUUCCACUCACCCUCGCGCUGCUGACGUAAGGAAAGGAGAAGCAAAGCAUCUUUUCGAAAACGAAAGCUUGAGCUGCUUCAACUCGCUCUUCAGAGAGCAGGAUGGCUGCGCCGGAAGACCCCGUCAAGAGCCUCCAAGAGGAAGCCACUUGCUCCAUCUGCCUGGAUUAUUUUCAAGAGCCUGUCACGCUCGACUGUGGCCACAAUUUCUGCCAAGCCUGCAUCGCUCGGCGUUGCGAGACCUCGGAGACCGGGAUGGCCUGCCCUCAGUGCCGGGAGCCCGCCCCGCAGAGGAGUUUCCGCUUGAACAAGCAGCUGGCCGGCUUGGUCGAACUUGUCAAGCAGUUGAAGUUUGACCAUCAGGCGGGAACAAGGGCGAGCAUGUGCGAGAGGCACAAGGAGGCUCUGAAGCUGUUUUGCGAAGAGGACCAGGCGGCUAUUUGUCUGGUCUGCCAUCUGUCUCGGGAACACCGAGGUCAUGCUUGCUUCCCCCUGGAGGAAGCCACUCAGGAGUACUUGGAAAAAAUUCAAACUUGUUUGGGUCUUCUGAAGAAAGAGAAAGCAGAACUGGAGAAGCUUCAAGCAGAUGAGCUGACAAAGAGCCAGAAGUACAUGAAACAGAUAGAAGUUGAGAAACAGACUGCAGUGUCUGCCUUUCAGUGUCUGAGGCAUUUUCUAGAGAAGCAAGAGAGACUUCUGCUGGAGCAGCUGGAGCAGCUGAAGGAAGAGUCUGUCAGAAUGAGAGGUGAAACUCUCACAAAACUGUCACAUGAAGUUACCCACCUCAGUACCCUCAUUGCUGAAGUGGAGAAAAAGUGUCGGCAGUCAGCUGGUGAAUUCUUGCAGGACAUCAGAAGCACCUUGAGCAGGUGUGAGAAGAGGGAAUUUCAGAAGCCAGAACACAUUUAUCCCAAACUAGAAGAGAGACUCAAGACACUCAGUAUAAAACGCACUGCUCUAACCAAGAGCUUAAAGAAAUGCAAAGGUAUGCUGUCAUCUGAUCUGAAGAAUGAUGCCUGUCAAAAGGAUGCCUAUCAAAAGGUGAAUGUGACGCUGGACCUGGAGACGGCCAACCCUUUCCUUGCGCUGUCUGCAGAUUUCAAAAAUGUGCAGCUAAGGGCUGUGGAUCAAUUACUGCCCGUCACUCCAAAGAGAUUUCUUUGUGACCCCUGUGUGCUGGGCAAGGAGGGAUUCAGCUCUGGGAAAAUUACCUUUGUUGUGGAAGUGGGUGCUACAAAUGGUUGGGCUGUAGGAGUUGCCAGUGAAUCUGUAAAAAGAAAUGAAAGAAUUACGUUCAAACCUGAGGAAAGGGUCUGGGCUCUCUACUUUGCCAGGAGGGAGUACCACGCCCUCACUUCACCUUCCACUAAAUUGCAUCUGGCAUGGAACCCCAGGAAAAUUGGAGUCUUUCUUGAUUAUGAAGGUGGAGAAGUGGUCUUUCGUGAUGAUGCAAAAAAUGCUGUAAUUUACCGCUUCAAAGCUUCCUUCACUGAGAAAAUGUUCCCUUUCUGCUGGGUCCCUGGUAGGAGCGCUCACCUUUCAUUUUCCUGAAUGGAACACAGUAUUCAGCCUUUUGAGUACUAGGCUCUGAAGCAUUCCUAAAUAUAGCACUAUGUUAUCUGUGACAUGCAAGUAGCUGAUCAUAAUUUUAAAAAACAAAAACGAAGUGAGGAAAUCUCCCCCAAAGUUACCAAACAACAGUGUUGUUUGUUUCAUGUGAAUUUCCACAAUAAAAGAUUUUAUUCAAAGUUUACAA